CAAGUAAUUAUUCAAAUAUCCAGAUUUUUUCAUUAAAUUUGUAGAUAUUAGGUCGAUGUAAUUCGUAAUUUUGAUAAUUUAGGGGCGGUAACAAAUGUCAUUCGAUUCCGUGUAUUCUUGUUGAUCAUCGGUUGUCAAGUGCAUUAAUCGUAAUAUUGGUUAGCGUGUAGAGUCAGAUUAAUCAUGAUCCGCUUUAUCCUCAUUCAAAAUAGAGCUGGAAAAACAAGAUUAGCAAAAUGGUAUAUGAAUUUUGAUGAUGAUGAAAAACAAAAGCUAAUAGAAGAAGUUCAUGCAGUAGUGACUGUACGAGAUGCUAAGCAUACUAACUUUGUUGAGUUUCGUAACUUUAAGAUUGUAUAUAGAAGAUAUGCUGGUUUAUAUUUUUGCAUUUGUGUUGAUGUCAAUGAUAAUAAUCUCUGUUACCUAGAAGCAAUACAUAAUUUUGUUGAGGUAUUAAAUGAAUACUUUCAUAAUGUGUGUGAAUUGGAUCUUGUAUUUAAUUUUUAUAAGGUAUAUACUGUGGUAGAUGAAAUGUUCUUAGCAGGUGAAAUAAGAGAAACUAGUCAAACAAAAGUACUGAAACAACUUACGAUGUUAAACACAUUGGAAUAAAAUUAU